AUGAGGCACGGAAAAGCUAGUUUCCAGGCCGUGACAAUUACAAGUCGGAAACCCAGCUCAUGCAUACAUCGGCCUGACUGGCUCGGCUGCACGCACACGGCUCUGUAUCUUCCCCGUCGGGCAGAUGCCCACCUGAACCCGUCACUUCCGUUUAAUCGGCCGUCGGUCGCCUCGUCUGCCCAGUCCCGGUCCGACGGUCAGCAAGGCCUGAAACAGCUCAAAUGCACCUCCGCCCUGGCAACUGGUGAUGAGGUGGGUCCCAAACACCUCGCGUGGCGGUACCGCCGCCACGACCCAGCCGACGGCGAUGGUGGCGCCAUUGCGCGACACUGUGAUCUACCCGAGGGUCAUGCAGACCAUCAGCUCGGGCAGCCAACCCCGAAUCCACUACCUCAUCGAAGAUUCGGACGUCAACCCCGUGCCGGUGAACUCGAAAGGGCCACCGACUCCGGCAACGUCGGCGUCGACUGUGACGGCGACGACUGGGCAGAAGUCUUCCUCAGGGCCGUCAGGCCAACCGAUCAAGUCGUCGCUGCAGACCGUGACAGUGUCGCACAAAGAGGGCGGCGCAGAAGGGGCCUCCGUGCUGCGCUACUUCAGCUCGCUGCACUCGAACCAGGACAGUCGGCAUGCCCUGCCACGAGCGGUACAGCUUGA